AUGUUGCCACCAGCUUUGGUCAGCGUGUAUCGCGAGUACAAGAAGGAUACCAAUUCAAUCGCAUCUUGGCUUGCCUCAGCCGCUAAAGAAUGCGAAUAUCCCGCUGACCUACUGUCUAAUUCACCUGAUCCAAAGCAACCAGCCCCUCGACUGAGGGGCAAAACCAGAGCAGAAGCUAAGAAGAAGGCGAAAGUUACCCCUCAGGAAAGCACACCACAGAAUGAAGGACCUCGAUACAUCAUUGAGAUCAAGGACUUUGUUCCCCUGGCCGAAUGCAUCUCGGCUUACAAAAAGCCGGCUCUGUCUGUCCCGCGAACGUUCUUCUCUACACUCAACCGGGUCAUUGAAGCGAGAACUGGUUUUAGCAGUGAAUUGGACGCCUCCAACCAGAAGCAAGGUGACAAGUCGGAUGCUAGACAUUCCUACUUUGUGGGAAUUCUUGAGAAUGUCCGCGAAGUCCUCGAGCCAUAUUCAGAUCCAGCUGUUUCUGGUUCCUCAAAAGAGGCUGAGACCUUGACAAACAAGUUCAAGGAAUUGAAAGUCUACCACCCAUCAGAGAAGUUUCUUAACGCAAAAGACAUUGAAAGACCUGGACCAGCAAAUAAUGACGACGUUAUCUACGAGGCCGAUGCAGGGGACUCAGCCGACGAGGCCUUUUUUUGUAUACAAGCUGCUGACGGUGGAGAUAGCCUUGACCCAAGCGUGGUGGCGGUUGUUACCAAUACAGCCAUCGAGUUUGGUUUGGCCCUUGCAGAGGACGCAAAGCCCUUGUUCGAAAAGCAUGGUGGGAUUGGGGCCAUGGUUGAACAACUCUUGAGUGGCUUCCUAAUCGAUCAGGAGGUAGACAUGAGCAAAUUUCGGGAGCAGGUCGCAAAAGGAUCCGUCGAUGAGAAGGUAUAUACGGUCAUGUCGCACUGCUGCUUCAAACACGCCUUUCGAUCGAGACCCUCGCCCAAGUUCCGUGGAGGGGAUUGGGAAGAUAAAAGUAUGAGCCAAAAGUUGACGGAGGAGCAGGUGAUUAUUGCCGAGCUCUGGACGGAAGCCAUGGCACUUGUCUAUCAGGUGCCAGACUACCCGUUCUCUGACGAAUUCAUUCGAGGCGUCAAGGAGUUCAAGGAGACAAAAUAA